AUUUUUAUUUUUUCGACGUAUGGUACAAGCGCAUUGGCAACCGGAAAUAAAGUUCUGUCCCUUUCUUUCUCUGUUUGCGGAACUAACUGUACGCAAGUUACUUCGAUUUGUUGAAUUUAUUUUGUUGGUGUCAAAAUGCCACGUGAAAUUAAAGAAGUCAAGGACUUUUUGAACAAGGCACGGCGUUCCGAUGCACGUGCUGUUAAAAUCAAGAAGAAUCCGACCAACACCAAAUUUAAGAUUCGUUGUUCCAGAUUUCUAUAUACCCUUGUCGUGCAAGAUAAGGAAAAGGCCGAUAAAAUAAAGCAGUCCUUGCCACCAGGCUUACAAGUUAAGGAAGUGAAGUAAAGUACCUUCAGUUGAUGGUUACCGUGCCACCCCGCAUACAUAAUGUACGGUUUUAGAAGGCUUGCUAAAAUAUGUAUUUAAUAUAUUUAAAUAAAUAAAGCACGCCUCACAAAUAAGGAAAA